AAAGUGAAAGACUGACAGCAGGCAGACAGAACCCGGCCUGCAACAAUGGCUGGCGUACACUCCUAUCCUCUGCUGGUUGAGCUCGAAGAAAACAACAUUCCCAGACUAAAGAUUAAGUUAGUGAAAUACUUUCAAAGUAAGAAAUCUAACGGUGGCGGCGAGUGUGAGGUGGAGUAUGAAAAUGGCAGCAGGACAGCGAUUGUGUGGUUCCAGAGAGAGGAGGAUCAGAGAAAUGUUCUGGCCAAAGAGUCGCAUCAGAUCAGUUUGGAAAAGGGUGUUUUGAAGCUGACAGUCCGCUUACCCACUGAAGAGAAAUCAUCACAGGAAACUCCAUCUGACAAAUUUAGAACAAAAUCAGCUGUUGCUGUGACUGAUAAACUGUUAAGCACUGCUGACAGCAACCCAACAGCCACAGUUCCAACAGAAGAAACAGGCAGAGAUGAUGAUACAGCAGAUGGAGAGCCAUGUUCCAACUCGGCUGUUUUAGGGAAUAUUUCUGAUUGUACCAACCAGCAGUUUUUGCAGAUCCUGGUGGAAAACAUUGUCAAGUCUCAUGACUUCACUUUGGAAGUCCUUCCUGACAUCUCCUCUGCUGUGGUGACUUUCCAGAGUAGAAAAGAAAUCGCUGACUUUUUGACAAGAUCCCACCAAAAUAUGAUGUUCAUAGAGAAGGGACUUUCGGCCAGAAUUCUUGAAGUCACAAAGCAAGUUCUAGUUGAUGGUAUUCAAAACUAUAGUGAAGAAGACCUUCAGCAUUAUUUUGAAAUUGAAAGUGGGGAUGUGGAAAGUGUCAUAUUUAAUAAAACUGAACAGUCUGCCAUCAUCACUUUUAAAGACCAUCGAGCUGUUAAAAAUAUAUUGAAGAAGCAUUCCAUCAAGGGUGAAGACAUCAGAGUUUAUCCUUUUUAUAAAUCUUUAGGAAGGGCCCUCUGUGGCAAAGACAAGCCUUCACUAAAACUUUCUGCUGCCAUCACUGAGCCCAUCAACUCCUUUGCACAAACUGUGCCAAAUUUCAAAUGUCUGAAAUUUCACCCACAUUCAGAGGCAUGGGAAGAGUCUAAGAAAAAGAUCAGACAGGCAUUAAUGAAUGAAAAUGUGAUCGUGGUACCUGAAAAGGACAGUGGUAUUUUAUCAGGGACUGUUGUUAGUGAAACUGACAGACUGAAGAAAGAAGAGAUUAAUGCAGCAAGCAAAGUUAUAUUGGAUGCAGUACUUGCAUUAAAACGACAGAAUCUGGAAUUAGAUAAAAAUGUGCUUGAACUGUUGAAGGAUGAGCAACAAGAGGAGCUUACAGAUGCUCUCCUCACAUUUCAUCAAAUAAACGCAGCGUUUGAAAUCAGUGGAAACAGGGUGCAGCUCCUUGCUGUCUCUGACAGAGAUCUGUCUCAUGCUCAGGACCAUCUAGGACAGCUGUUAACAUCUCAGUACAUUCAUGUUGAAGACAGUAACGUCCUGAAGAAGCCAGAGUGGCAGCAGCUGGUCAGUCACUUAGAGCAGGCUAACAGUAAGCCAUGCAGAACUCGAAUCAACACAACUGCUCAACAAGUCGUGGUGUCAGGCUACAAGGAUAGUGUCAUAAAAGUUCAGCAUCAGCUUGGUGACUUCUUAACACAGAACGCUCACAUAGAAGAAACUGUUGUGGUCAAAGCUAAUGCUGUCGUUGAAUACUUGAAACAUUUCAACACAUCUUGGAUGGAGAAAGUGAAAGACAAGGUGAGAGUGUCCUACAGAAAUGAGGCUAUCUGUCUGAGUGGAUCCAGAGUGAAUGUGACACAUUGCAAGACUGUGGUUGAUGGUGCCGUCUCUGCUGUAGUCUUUGACAGUCUGAGUGUUUACAAGUCUGGAGUGAAGAAGCUCUUCCAGGAAAAUGAAGCUAUGUAUGUUUCCUCAAUCAAAAAUAUAACUGGUUGUCUGGUCCAACUGGUUGAUAAGAAUGGUGACUUUAGACAAAUACCAAAACCUUUAUAUAAAAUUAAAACACCUAAAGGAGUGGAAAUAGCUGUUUGCAAGGCAGAUAUGUGCAGUUACCCAAUGCAGGCAAUUGUCAAUCCAUCCAAUCAAGACUUGAAACACAGUACUGGUCUUGCAGCAGCACUUGUGCAGGCUGCUGGCCCUCAGUUACAAGAUGAAUGUGACAAAAUAAAAUCAAUAAUGGGUCAACUCAAGCCAGGAGACUGUGUCAUAACUGAUGCAAGAGGGCAGCUUUGUUGUCAAAAAGUCAUCCAUGCUGUGGGACCCAAGUAUGAAAAAGACAAACUUGAGCAAACUUCAGCUCAGUUGAGCAAAGCUGUUAAAGGAAGCUUAGAACUCGCUGAAAUCCACGGAUGCGUCUCAGUAGCUCUUCCAUCUAUUGGCAGAGGCCUGGGCUGCUUUUCCCACAAGCAGUGUGAACUCACCAUUGUUAAAGCAGUGAAGGAGUAUUGUGAUGAGAAGUGUGAUGACAUUACCUUGCAGAUGAUCCAUUUCGUGAACAAUGAUGACACUGCUGUUCAGGAUAUGGUGGCUGCUGUCAGACAGGAGUUUGGAAACCACGGUGUCACUCAUUCUCAACAAGGUCCUCCCAUAGCUCACAAGCCACCAGUUUUUCAGCCUACUGGAUCUGACCUGUACUUGUAUCAUGUGGAGACAAACGAAGGCCUGGACAUUGUUCUUAAAAAGGGAAACAUAGAGUUUUCCAUGACGGAGGUGAUUGUGAAUACUGUGCCUCCAGACCUUAAUCUGGACAGAGGAACAGUUUCAAAAGCCAUCUUGCGUGCAGCUGGACCCAAACUUCAGCAGUUAAUAAAUGCACAGGGUGCUACUGGAAAUCUUGGUGAGAUCAUUGUUACUGAGGGCUGCCAGCUAUAUAGCAAAAAAGUCUUUCAUGCAAUUGCGCCUCACUGGGAUAAGGAUCAUGGCACAGGAGAAAAGAUUUUGAGAGGAAUAUUUAAGGAUUGUUUGGACAUGGCAGAGGAUAAUAAUCUAACCUCCAUAUCCUUGCCAGCCAUUGGUACUGGAAACCUGGGUUUUCCUAUACCCCUCGUAGCCUCUUUGAUGUUGGAUAGCAUCCUAGAGUUUAGCAAAAAGAAACACCCCAAACACCUGAAUAAGGUUGUGAUGGUAAUUUACCCAGGAGAUACACAAAAUAUCAAGGCUUUCAGUGAAGAGCUUAAGAAGUUUGGUAAUGCCCCAGGUGGUUCAAGUUCUACACAAAGUCAAGGCCAUUUCUCUAAGAUCAUCUCAACCUCAGACAUGCAUGAGACCAAAAUGGGAAAUGUGACUAUACAGGUAGUAACAGGAGACAUAACCAAAGAGACCACUGACAUUAUUGUCAGCUCCUCCGAUGAAAACUUUACUCUAAAGUCAGGAGUUUCUAAAGCUAUUUUAGAGGCAGCUGGUAAGGUUGUUGAACUGGAAUGCCACAAUCUGGGUGCCAAGUCCAACCCCGGCAUGAUAAUGACACAGCCAGGUAACCUUAAGUGUAAGAAGAUUCUCCACCUGGUUGGACAGACAGACCCAGUAAAAAUCAACAAGCUUGUGAAAGAUGCACUCCAGAUGUGUGUGAAAACUUCCUAUACCUCUGUAUCAUUUCCUGCCAUCGGCACAGGUCAAGGCAAUGUACAGGCAAGACUGGUAGCAGAUGCAAUGUUGGAUGCAGUGACUGAUGUGAUGAGCCAAAACAUUUCCAACUCCCUCACCACAAUACGCAUAGUUAUUUUCCAGAAACCUAUGCUUAAAGACUUCCACAGCAGUAUGCAACAGAGGGAAGCUGCUGAUCCUGAUUCUAAGGACUUAGGAGGGUGGAACUGGGGAUGGACCAAAAUCAAAUCACUCUUUACUGGUGGAAGUACUGAAAACCCCAAGACAGAGAAAGACGUUGUUGAGAGUCUGAAAGUGGAGGCUACUUGCUUCCACAUUUGUGGUGACACACAAGCUAACGUCGACUUGGCCAAGAAACUUUUACAUGACAAGAUAUUCCAAGCACGUCAGACCAUCAAAAUUGAAGAUAACGGUGUCCUUAGAUUUUCUGAUGAAGACCGCCAGAAAAUUACUGACAUGCAGAAGACCAUGGGCAUAAGCAUAAAGAUAGAGAGCAGUAAACCCAAAGCCACACUCAUUAUUGAAGGACUGAGCAAUGAUGUACUUAGAGCUAACUCAGAGCUCAUUAAAAUGCUAAGCAAAAAUAGAGAUGAAAACGUUCCUGAACACUGGCAGCACAUGCCAGCCAAAACCACAUGGCAGCCUUUUGCAGUGCAGGCCAAGACAUCAGAAUAUGAUGAAAUCCUGAAGCUGUUCCAGGCCUCAUGCAAUCGAACUGUUACAAAGAUUGAGCGGAUCCAGAACCCUGGAUUGUGGAAAAGUCUACAGCUCAAGAAGCGUGACAUGGAGGUGAGAAAUGGUCAUCAGAAUAAUGAGAGACGUCUUUUCCAUGGUACCUGCGACACAACUGUGCCAAUUAUUAAUGACCGCGGCUUCAACAGGAGCUAUGCAGGAAAGAAUGCUGCAUUAUAUGGCAAUGGCACAUACUUUGCUGUCAAUGCUAGUUAUUCUGCCAAUGACACCUACUCCAAGCCAAAUCAGAACGGGGAAAAGUUUAUGUACGUCUGCCGAGUUCUGACUGGUGACUUCACCCUUGGACAGAAAGGCAUGGUUACACCACCAGCAAAAAAACACGGAUCCACUGACCUGUAUGACAGUGUUGUGGACAAUGUUGCCAAUCCCACCAUGUUUGUUGUCUUCCAUGACACCCAGGCUUAUCCUGAGUAUUUGAUUACAUUCAAGUGAUGCAGCCAGUGAACACGAUUAUGAGACAUAAUCAACUUACAUCAUAAAAGUGAGCCCAUUAUGCUACUUUUUAACUCCAUGUAUUUAUUCUUUAACUCUAUUAGACUAGCUUUGCAUGGUCCACUGUUCAAAACCAUUUGAGCCUUGUAUGGGUCGAAAUUGUGGUCAUAAAUAUUUUGUACUUGUAAAUCAGACUGCGUAGUUUUGUAACAUUGUAAACCAAAAUAUCUGAAAAUUUUGAGUUUGCGCAUCUAUAGAUGAUAAUUUGUGUGUUUGUAAAAAAUAUUUACAUGUUACACAUUUUUUUUUGUUAAGGUCUGUUUACAGAUACAAAGCAAAAAACUACGUGUAAAACUCUGCACUCGAGUUCCCUGGCUGUGUGUGAGUUUCGACUUGCAACUACGAAUUUUGACCUGAUUUUUCUUCCUUUCAGCUUAUUGGUCAAUGUCAUGUCAAUCACAAACUUAACAAUCCAGUCAGAGAACAGGUGGGUUUGGCUGUCAGAGGUGUGCUUUAUAGGAAUACAGGAAAAAUACAGGAAACAAUAAAACACAAGAUGGUCACUUGAGGAGAUAGAUGCCCCUGAUCUUGAGACACAAAAACUCAAAAGCACCCAAAGUCCAACUUUAUUUUACUGUUUUCGCCUCCUAGGCAUUGUAAACCCUACACAGGUUUUUAUUUAUUUAUUUAUUUUUUGUCUUCUAUUUUAAGUACAGAAGAUUUUUAUGUGUUUUUAUGUGUUGAUUAAACAUACAUUCAAGUUUAAGGUUAUCAAAGAAAGACUAAAAAGAAAUAAAAUCCUAUUUUAA